AUGGCGUCCAACACCGUCAAGCUCAUCGACAUCGCAGUGAACUUCACUGAUGGCAUGUUUAAGGGCAUCUACCACGGCAAGCAGUGCCACUCUGCCGACCUCCCCAGCGUCCUCGCGCGAGCCUGGGCUGCCGGCGUCGACCGCAUCAUUGUCACCGGAGGGUCUCUGAAGGAGUCUAGGGAAGCGCUUGAGAUCGCCGAGACCGAUGGGAGGCUAUUUUGCACCGUGGGAGUCCACCCAACGAGAUGCGGGGAGUUUGAGGAGAGUGGAGACCCGGAAGGGCAUUUUCAGGCUCUCUUGGCUUUGGCAAAGGAGGGCAUCGAGAAGGGCAAGGUUGUGGCAGUUGGCGAGUGUGGUUUGGAUUAUGACAGACUUCAGUUCUGUCCUUCAGAUAUACAGAAGAAGUACUUUGAGAAACAAUUCGAAUUGGCUAAAGCAGUAAAACUACCGAUGUUUCUUCACAUGCGUGCUGCUGGUGGAGAUUUCUCUGAAAUCGUAUCAAAAAAUCUGUACAGGUUUCCAGGUGGGGUUACACAUUCCUUCACUGGUACUGCAGAAGAACGUGACAAGCUUCUUUCUAUCGAGAAUAUGUUUAUAGGUAUUAAUGGCUGCUCUUUGAAGACUAAAGAAAAUCUUGAGAUUGUAGGAGGUAUUCCUGCAGAGAGGAUGAUGAUAGAGACAGAUUCUCCUUAUUGUGACAUAAAAAAUACUCAUGCUGGAAUCCAGUUUGUAAAAUCGAUCUGGCCAUCCAAGAAAAAAGAGAAGUAUGAACCUGGUUUAACAGUUAAGGGUCGCAAUGAGCCUUGUUUAGUAAGGCAAGUCCUUGAGGUAGUGGCUGGAUGCAAAGGUAUUGCUGAUAUAGAAGGCUUAAGUAAAACUCUGUACCACAACACAUGCAGGCUCUUCUUCCCUCAUGACAUGGAUGCUUCUGCAGAUGCACAGCUUGAGAGUGGUGGUGUUACUGCAGAACAGAAUAGCUGA